AUGGAGGCUCCCAUAUCUGCAGUUGCAGGUGAACUCGUUAGCCAUUUCAUUUCCUUCCUCAUUAACAAGUAUCAGUCCUCCUUGUGUCAUGCACAAUUAGAGGAGGAAAAGGUGGCGGAGACAUUGCAGCACCUCCUGAUGAGAGUAGCCACCGUGGUCGAGGAGGCGGAUGCGCGGUACAUCACCAACACCGGGAUGAUGAUGCAGCUCAAGAUGCUCUCAGAGGCCAUGUAUGGAGGACACCGCAUGCUGGACAUCUUGAGGUACCAAGCAGUGCAAAAAAGUGUUUGCUUUGAUGAGGUUAGCAGUAAUGACCCCUCUAGCAACCGCUUCUAUUUAGCCAAGCGGUCUAGGCCAACAACUGAUAAGGUCACAUAUAUCGAGUCAUGUGGUGCCUUGGAAAUCUUAGGAAUUGCUGUUGAUAACAUGGCAAAAUUUGUUGUGCUUCUAAGUGGAUGCGAGCACAUGUCUCGUAGGCCCUAUGAUGUUUACCUUUACACUGACAACUUCAUGUUCAGCCGACACACUGAAAAGCAGAAGAUCUUGAGAUUCUUGUUGCAGCACAAUGACCCUCCUUGUUAUCAUGCACCAGCGUUCUUCCAGUCAUAG